CACUUUCAGACGAUAGUUUAUCAAAAACUUUGUAAUUUUUAAAAAACGUUUUGACUUUUGCGCUAUAAUGCAACGUUUUAAACACAGUAACAUUAUGAAAUAAUCAUUUCAUUUACAUUCUACUAUUGUUUAGAAUCAAAUGAUGUAUGUUUUAAAAGUCAACUUAAUAAAUAUCUUUUAAUAUAUAAUAAAACAAAUUCAAAGAAACUCGCAAUGUCUGAAGUAAAAGGAACUAAAGCUCUGGAAUUAUGGUGUAAACGCUUAGUCAAAGAUUGUCCAAAUGUGCAAAUAGAUAAUAUGACGACGUCCUGGAGAAAUGGCAUGGCAUUUUGCGCUCUAGUUCACCAUUUUAGACCUGAUUUGAUAGAUGUAUCAAAGUUAAAGCCUGAAAAUAUAUAUGAAAACAAUCAGUUGGCCUAUAGUAUUGCCGAAAAACAUUUAGGAAUUCCGGCACUUUUAGACCCAGAAGAUAUGGUUGAAAAUGAAAUUCCAGAUAGAUUAUCAAUUUUAACAUAUUUAUCUCAGUUUUAUCAACGACUUGGUCAUACUGUAAACACAAAAGUAUCUGAAAGUGAUCCUAAAGUAACAUCAUCAUCAACAACAAAUCAAGGAUCAACACCAAUCAAAUUCGGAAAAGUGGCUUUAGAUAAAUGUGCCGUCUGUGGGUUGCCUGUUUAUCUGGCACAGAGACUCAUGGUUUCACAGAAGCUCUAUCACAGGAGAUGUUUCCGGUGCUCAAAAUGCUCUGGACAUUUAAAUCCUAAAAAUUAUCAUAUUGUUGAUUUGUCUAAUUUUUCUUGUGACUCCUGCAAAAAUGAAAAGACCCUACCUAAAUUAGUAAAUAAUAAUGACCAAAUAGGAAUGCUGGCAUUUAGUAGUGAUAUGAGCUCAAACCCAGUGAUUCUGAGGACUGAAGAGCCAGUAAGUCCAAAAGUUACCAAACCAAGACCGCAGUCAAUAUUAGAAAAAAUAAGCAUGUUUGAAAAGAAUAUAGAAAAAGAUUCAAGUAUCGAAGAUAAAGUAGGAAAUAUUAGUUUAAAAGAAAAUUUUAAUAAUAAGUAUAAAGAUAUAUCGAAAUUGGAUGAGGUUGAUAAGCCAACUAAUAUAGAAAAUCAUAAUAUUGAUGCAACUAGUAUAGAAACGGAAUCAAAUGAAAAUGAAGAUGAUCAUUUAAAAACUGAUAAUAUUUAUAAAAACCUUCCAGAAAAACUGUAUAAAAGUAAUAAAGAUAAAUUCAAUUUUUUACAAACACAAUUAGCAAAUGAUACUCCAGAUCCUGAUAAUACUACAAAUACAAUGAAAGAUUCUGAGUCAAUACAUAUCAAAGAUGGCUCUGAAAUGACUUCUUUGAGUACAGACACGAAUGGCAUAUCAAAUAACAUUGAAGUAAAAAAUAAUGUAACUGACGAUAGCAGAAUAGCUCAAGGCAAUGGUAUUUCAAUAAGUUUAGACAUUUCAUCUUUAGAACUAAGCAAACCUAAUAAAAUUGAACCUGAAAUUACCAUAAGUGUACCGCCUAGAAGAAAAAAGCACAAUAUUACUGGAAAAAAAUUAACUGAAAAUAAAGUAACAACUAAAAUAAUCAAACAAUAUCCUGAUCACUUAAACCCUUUUUCUGAGGAUGAAGAUGAGCAUGACCAACAGGCAGUACCCCAUAAAGUCAGCACAAACCCAUUUGGUAGCAGCGACGAUGAAGAAGAUGAAGUUUCUUCAAUCCAACCGUCACCAAUUGUACCUAAUGCUCAGACAUCAACACCCUUGAAACGCCACAUUAAGGCCUACAAUCCUUUUUGGUCCGAUGGUGAGGAGCCCUCUUCUGAUGAAGAAUUAGAAGAGAAGAGUUCAAACAUGCACAAAUCUUCAAUAACAACAAGCACACCGAACCUCCCAUCGAGUUUGCCAAGACGGAGGAAGCCAAAAGCACCCCCGCCGCCUUCAAUUAUCGCCGAGCAUUUAGACGUUCCUUCCACAUCCAUGGACGAUGUCGCGAGCAUAUCCUCAUUCAGCUCACACACAUCCACUAUACACUCUGAUCAGAAAUCAUUCGGUUUAUCAACACCAAAAUCGAAGAAGAAACGCCCGGCGCCCACACCUCCCGACAGUAUUUCGACUGCGUCGGGUUUUGGUGGAUCAGCCGAAAAAGGAAUCGACUCAUUUGGCCUUCGUAACACGUCAGAUGGUGCUCGUAAAGUGAAGGGACCAGCUCCAGGUCUACCGCUACCGGAGCGGCGCGAGGUGAAGAUGCAGAUGACGGUUGAGGAGUUGCAGGUGCAGCUUGACAUGCUGGAAACGCAGCAGCUGGGCUUGGAGCGGCAGGGCGUGCUCAUUGAACAGAUGAUUCGCGACAAGUGUGAGGGUGACGACGGGCCUACAGCUCCGCAAGAGGAAAUUGAAGAUUUAGUUAUACAACUAUGCGAACUAGUCAAUGAGAAAAAUGACUUGUUCAGGAAGCAGACCGAGCUGAUGUACAUACGAAGGCAACAGAGACUGGAACAAGAACAAGCUGACAUUGAGCAUGAAAUUAGGGUCAUACAAUCUCGACCAGCCGUUAACCGCAUAGAUGCAGAUAAGGUGCGCGAGGAGCAGCUGGUGUCGCGGCUGGUGGAGAUCGUGCGCCUGCGCGACGAGCUGGUGCAGCAGCUCGACGCCGAGCGCCGUCGCGAGCGCCAGGAGGACCUCGCCAUCGCCGCCUCCAUCGCUACCAAGAGAGCACAAAGAAACAGUGAAUCAAAUAGUUCUUCGAUGAAAUCUAUGGAGGCAGUGUCACCAGUAAAAAAAAACAAAGUGAAAGACAAGGUUAAGAAACAGCUAAAAAAGGCAAAGCAUACAUUGAUUUCCAAGAAAAAAGAUGAAGACAAACCAGAAAAGGAAAGAAAGUCAAAAUGAAUUUAUAUAUAUUAAUGGUCUUUUAUAUUUUAAUAACGACUAACAUAGACCCAUAAGUAAAAAUGACGUAUUAAAAAAGAUCUUAUCUUAAAAUUAUAUAAAAAGCGUAUAAAAGUACUUUAGAAGACUGAAACAUUCCACUGAACUUGUAUAAAUUAUCAUGGUGAUACUUUAAAGAAACCAUGACUAACAAUUCAAAAUCAUACGAAAUUUUAAUAGAACAAGUACUUAGGUGAAAUGUGAAAUUCGGUUAUUGUAACUUAAAAAGCCCAUACUUUAAUUUUUAAAUAUUAAGAAGGUAAUAUUGAUAUGUUCUAAAAUAACAAGAUUCUUUUAUAAUAUUAUUUGGCGGUAUACACAGCACAAUAACAUUUGCAAUGGCUUAAUAAUAAACUCUGUCUGUUUUGAAUAUAAGAAAUAUAAUAUAAAGUUUAGUUUGUAAAAUAUACAAUUAAUUAUCAUUACGUUUAAUAGAUUAGAAAGUAUUUUCAUUUUAUAUAUCAAUUCAAAUUUAGAUAUUUUGCAUCAAUAAACAAAACAUAGCAGUUAACUAUUUGGAACACUAUAAUCUAUCAAUUUCAGAAUCUCACUACUGCAUUAUAUUUACUAACGAAGGAGAUAAAUAACACAUAGAAAUAAGUGCUGAAAGGUAUACUCAAUAUUUCAAUAUAUAUCUUUUUAAAGUAAAGCAGUGCCAUUGGUUUAAAUUAUAAAUACUGAAGUAUCUUGUCAACAUUUUUGUCCUAAUUUGUACUGCCAUUUGAUAUUCUAUAUGAUUAUAAAUGAAUAAUGACAAAGGGUAUAGUUUUAAUCGGUUAUAUUAUUAGAAAGCUGAAAUUAGGGAAAUGGUUUUCCAUAUUACCUUAUUUUAUAUAUAACACCUCUCAAAAAAAGAAUUAUUAACUUUGUUGUUUCUUAACUUAUGUCUUUUUGCUAUAACAUCUUUCAAUAUUUUUAAAGUUAGUGAAAGCAAUUGUUACUAUUACUAUAACUGCUUAAAUAAUUGUGUCGAAUAUAUCUUAGAAAAAAAUUAUUCAGUUAAAAUGUUAUUAAAACUCUUAGCAUAUAUUAUUACAUUAGAAAUUGUUGAAACAGAUGCGAUAAAAACAGUUUUUUUUAUUUUUCUCAUGCCAUAUCUUUGAUUUAAGUAGGUAUUUAUUAGUAGUACCAAUGACUAUGAUGAUUA